AUGCGCGAGACGAGGACCUGGGCAGCGAAGAAGGCAGCGGCCGCUGCCUCUUCCUCGUCCAAGCGGCAUAGGACCCCAUCCCCUUUUCCUCCUCCUUCGGACGGCACCCCGGAGGCCGAUUUCGACCUCGGGUCCUUCAGCCCGAAGAGGAAGAGGAGGGACACGGAGACGCUGGCCCAGAGGGCGGCCAGGAGGUCCAAGGCUUCGACGGGCGACAAGCCCCCAGCGAGCACUCCGCGCACGCCCGUGUUGGUGGAGAUCAACCUGGACAAUAGCCCUCGACGCAGCCCCCGCUUCAGCCCCCAGCACCCUCCCUCGACGGACCAGGAAGAUAUCGACACCGUCAUCGAGGAGGUCACUAAGGACGCCGAAGCCGAGGCCGCCAAGAUUGCGGCUGGGGAAGCCGCCAAGUCUGCCAUCGAGGAGGCCGCCAAGGGGCUUGCCGGGGAGCCCGACAAGGGGCCUGCCAGGGAGUCCGGCGAGGCCGCUGCCGAGGAGGCCGCCAAGGAGCCCACUAUGGAGGAGGUGGCCAACGACCAACCUUCCUCUCCGGCAGCUCCCGCCCCGGGCAAGUACCUGAGGGUGGGCGACGACCUGUUCGUCCGCCUCCCAGGGACGGUGAGCACCAGAGCGGCAGCCGAAGGGGAGGUGUUUGAUGGUGAGGCACUUGCCACCGCCGGGCUCCAGAAGCUCCAGGCGCUCCAUCGUGCCCGCCAAGACAAAGUGAAAUCUAAGAUGGCGGCGGUGGACAAGGUGGAGGCGGAUUUUGAGGAGCGCGUCGCUCAGACGCAGGAGGCGGCGAAGGAACAGGCCGCCAAGGACGAAGCUGCCCGGCGGCAGCAGAAGGCUCAACUGGACACCCAGGAGGAAGACCUCGUUGCUCGUGAGCACGUGCUUGCCGCCACGCUUCACGACAAGGACAAGGAAAUCGGGAAGAUCAUCGCCCAGCGGACCCAGGAGUUGGAGCAGAAGCACAAGGACACACUUAAUGCUCUGGCCCGGGACAACGCCGGCAAGGUGGAGAAGCUGGAGCUGGAGCGGGAUGGGCUGAAAAAGGAGAUCUUGGAGCUGACGGAGGAGAGGGACACGGCCAACCGCACUCUGGCGGAUUCGCAGGUUGCCAUCUCCGACAAGGCCAAGCUGCUCUCCGAGGCCAACGACUCCAUCAACGAUCUGAAGCUGAAACUGGACUGCUUGGAGGGGAUGCUUUCAGAGGCUAGGGCCUGUGAGGAGACCCUGAACAAGGCCCUGGAGGACGAGAGGCAGCUGAAGAAGGAUGACGCCGCUGCCCACAAGGACUAUGUGGCCAGCGUAAAUCUCUGGAUCAGCCGCCUCAUCGACGUUGCAGAGAGGCUCACCGCGCAGCUGGCCGUCAUGGGCAUGCCGAAUUUAGGUACUCCCAUGAGGCGAACAUAA